CCCAGGCUAUCACCCGCUCCACCCGUAUAUUCCGCCGGCGCUGCGGAGGCGUCAAAAUGAUAGGAGAGGGCAUGGGGAUCGGAUCGUGGUGAGCUACGCAGGAGAUGUCGACAAGAUGACAGCGGCCGUAUGACGCCCGUUUCGUUGAUUCUUGACUACAAAUCACGCAUGUACUACGAAAGAAAAUCGUAUCGCAAAUAAAACGAACGACUUAUGCCUCGUUACGGUGCCAGCUUUAUUUUACUGGAAUUUCUGUCUCGAAACGAGAUCGUAAUCGAACGAAUUCGGGUGAGAACCGCGAUCGCCGCGCCCGUGCAAUGUACACAGCGGCCUGAAUCCUGCUCAAAAUCGUCAUCAUCCCCGAGGAGUCUUUUCCUUCAACGUCGUGGAGUGAAGUGAUGAGCGUUUUCGGGGAUUUUCAGCGUGUCUGGGUACAAAGAUUCCCGGACAGCGCCUUGCCGGCGGCUUGGGAGGAAGACGUCAGGGCCAACCUAGUCAAGCAUAAACAGAAGGUAACAGCUUUGAGGGAAGAACUUGAAAAAGAAGAAUUUUAUGUGGAAUAUUUGGAAAGAUUAUUAGCUGAUGUUGAACGUCACAAACAGUUGGCAAAUAGUAACACAGCAACUACACCUGAGAAACAGCAACUUGCAGAAUCUCAUAAUCAGAAUGCUUGUCAAUCGGAAAACAGUAUAUCAGAUUCAACAAAAUUGUCUAGAGUUAACCGUGUGGAACCAUCAGCUCCACCACUUCCAGUGCGCGAGGAUAUAAGUAAAUUUCAGGACAAAUGUGUUUCUGAGUUGAGUUCUACUCUUAGUACAAGCAAAAGGCCCAAAAGUGAGAUACCAAAAAGUCCUGAUAAAGUGCCUGAACUUAGAAGAAACAGUGAUCCAGAUGUGCCAAGUAAUUAUGUCACUGUAAUUGAAGUAACAGGAAGCUCAAAGAAAGAUAAAAAUGAGGAAUCUCUUAAGGAAGAGGAUGAGAAAGAUCUGGAGAAUGCAAUUAAUGAAGAUGGAGAAGAUGGUGAUGCUGAAGCAUCUGAGGAGGAACCUUAUUAUGAUUCUGUAGCUGUAGAUCAAGCAGGAGAAUAUAUAUAUAUUGGUCCCAAUCGUGUCCCACCAGUUGGAAACAAUAAUGGCAGUAGAGCACCACCAAAGAGACCACCUUCCCUUCCAGAUUCACCAGGAACUCAGAGUAACUAUGUCAACAUCGAUUAUUUUAUACAACAUCGGGCGGCAAUGGAUAGCGAGGAUGAAGAAGGUGCAAGCCCUGCACCAACGAUUUUAUUGCGCGCUUUUAGUACCGAUAACGAAACUGGUAGUAGUGAUGCAGAACCUUUAAGUUUAAGCGAAGGUAGUUUAGAAUCGCCGACGCCAACUACACCUCGUCGACAAGAGAAAAGUAAAGAUCGUGAGGAUGAUAGAACGUCUAUGAUUAAGUGUAUUGUAAACUCGGUAGUAGAAAGUGAGACUAUAUAUGUUGAAUGUUUAAACGUGAUGUUACAAUACAUGAAAGCUAUCAGAGCUACAUUGACAACAUCACAACCCGUUAUUUCAGAAGAUGAAUUUGGCACAAUGUUUUACAAAAUUCCAGAACUACAUGCUCUACAUCAAACAUUUUUGGAUGGUCUUAGAAAGAAAUUAGAAAAGUGGGAUAACAAAACUACCAUAGGAGAACAGUUUAAAGUGAUGGCCAGCAAUAUAGGGUUAUAUGGAGCGUUUUUACAUAAUUAUGCACGCGCUACUGACACCGUGCGAAGGUGUUCUGCACAUUCUACUCAGUUUGGUGAAAUUACAAGAGAUAUACGACUUAGAGGUUUUCCCAAAGGGCCAGGUUUAUCUCUCGAAGAUCUUCUACAUAAACCAGUAGCUCGAGUUCAGAAAAACGCCUUAGUAUUGCAUGAUCUUCUUAAGCACACACCAGUGAAUCAUGCAGAUCAUGCACCACUUUCAGAAGCUCUUGCUAUGACUAGAAAUUUCCUAGACGAAUUUAAUAUUAUCCAAACGAAAUCGAUGUUUCCGAGUCAUGAUAGAGCACAACGAAGAUUAGUGAAAAAUUCAUUUGUAGUGGAAUUAUCUGAUGGUCAUAGAAAGUUGAGACACCUUUUUCUUUUUAACGACGUAAUUGCCUGCGCUAAAUAUAAAGCUUCUGGUAGAGACAAAUUUACAUUUGAAUUGAAGUGGUAUGUGCCAGUUGCGGAAGCAGUGGUGACAGAGGAUGGUGUUGAACCGCGGGAGACUAGUCCAGCUAACGUUGUAGCUUUGAGAUCACAAGCAUGUACUGUACGUGAUCAGAUUUUAUGGGAAGAACGAAAUGACGAGAAACGAAUCAGACUUGGUAGUAGAGGUUCAGAAAAGAACAGGAAGAAACUUGCUGAGCUCGAAGCUCAGUUAGUAUUAGCAUCUCCAAAUUUAGUAUUACGUGUUGCGCAUAAGAGUCAACAUCGAGUACAAAAUUCGUACACAUUCUUUCUAUCCAGUGAAUUUGAACGUUCUCAAUGGGUUGAAGCGGUGGAGGCAUUGCAACAGGUAAUGCGUUCCCAUAUGUACCUAGAUAAGUCAAAGGGUGGCCAACCUCCUGGUCCACUACCUUUAUCAAUGUACGAAUUACAAGCUUGGGUCACUGCUUGCCGAACUUAUCUUCAAACAGAUAUGGGCAGUUAUUUAUUAAGAUCAGGGCGUGACGAAAGCCUAUUACUAGGUGAUCUUCAUUUAACUUUACUUGGUUUAACACCACCAGGUUUAGAUAGAGUAGGAGAUCUUUAUAUUAUCGUGGAGGUCGACAGUUAUGGACACUAUUUUAAACGAGCAAGAAGUCGAGUUGCAAGGGGUCAAGCACCAACAUGGGGUGAAACAUUUGUUGUUGAGCUCGAGGGAAGUCAGAACGUUCGAAUUUUAUUGUAUGAAGAAUGCGGAACUCGUUCCGUAUUGAGAGGCAAAUGCAUACAAAGAUUGAGCAGGUCUUGGCUCCAGUCAGAUCAAGUAGAGAGGUCGUUAAAUUUAGGACCAGCUACUUUAGACGUAGCUCUUCGUUUCGUUCCAAGUGAAGUAACAUUAAGACGGGUACCCUCUGCUAAACCUCAGGGUUUAUUUGGAGCUAAGAUUCAACAAGUGUGCAAGCGUGAAAAACGUGAUGUUCCCUUCAUUAUAACAGCAUGUGUCAGAGAAGUAGAAAGGAGGGGAGUCGGAGAAGUGGGUUUAUAUCGCGUUUCUGGCUCAGCUUCCGAUUUGACGAAAUUGCGUAAAUCAUUCGAGAGCAAUUCAUAUGAAGCAGAACAAUUACUUAAAGAGGUUGAUGUUCAUUCCGUAACAGGUGUGCUCAAGUUGUACCUUCGAGAAAUGCCUGAAGCUCUCUUUACGGAUGCUCUUUAUCCAUCAUUCUUAGAAGCUUUCCAAACAGGCGAGUUAUCAAAAGGUGCUGCUUUACGAAGAGUCUACGAAAGUUUGCCAGCCGUAAACAAAGCGGUUAUUGACUUUUUGCUUACUCAUUUGAUACGAGUUAACAAACACGAGGCUCAGAAUAAAAUGUCUUUGCACAACUUGGCGACAGUGUUUGGACCGACGCUAUUACGACCUGGAACGAAUUCGCGAUCCGACGCGAAGAGUCGAGAUCCAUUAGCCGCGGGCACUGUAGACGUGAUGGCUCAGGCUGGUAUACUUUACUGUUUCUUGCAGAUGCAUAUGCAACAAAACAAUCAGUCACUCUAGUCGAGAGGUUCUUGUUGAUACAUCGUAGCGUUAGUUGCUUUCUACGAGUUUGACGUUGAACUCGUAGCAACUUACGCUGGGAUUGUAAAAUUAACGAUUUUUUAUAAUAUAUUUUAUUAGUUUUGUGACGUAUCGUUUAUACAACGCUGACUUAGACGCAUAAGUAGGAGCAGGCUUUGACGAAACCGAUCGACGAAAUUCCUCUUACAUGUAUUCGAUCAUUGGCGUAACUAGGAUUUUUGUCUACGGUGGACCAGGACAUGUAGCUUUAUUACCAUUUAAUGAACUGUAUCAGACACGAUCUUUUGAAACUUUAGGAACUUUAAGAUUUUGAAAUUUGGGAGUUUGAAAGUUCUCACGAAAUAUAUGAGAUAUUCUACGUCCUAUGUCCCUCACACUACGUGUGUUGGGUCAGUCCAUCUUUUUUAGGGAGAGGGUCCACCCAGGUCCAUACCUAGUUACGCUAAUGUAUUUUUUAUGCAUACGAGUAACGUAGCAAAAAAUGUGGUCUUGGAGUAGGUGUACCGGUCACACUUCGAGCUCCGUAAUAUAUAUUUUAUAUUUAUAUUUCCCUGAAGUCCUAGCUACGAUAAUUUCUACGUGGUUCACGCGUAAAACGUUUCCAUAAAAGCAUGCGUUGAACAAUUUCUCCCACAAAAACAAAAGAGAGAGAGAGAGAGAGAAAAGAAAAGAGAGACAUAAACAAGGAAGUUUGGUCAUUACGCAUCCACGUUUUAGAAAAUAAAUAUUUUUUUCCAAUGGGGGCGUGUUCCUAGCAGAGAAUCUAAAUUUUUUUACACGAUAACGUAACAUACCCGUUGUAUGUCCAUGAGAAUGCCCACGUAUUCGAACGAAUCACGUUCCUAAAUAUUUCAGGAAGCACGUUCCUUAAAAUGUGCGAAACAAUGCUUAACUAAUAUGAAGUAUACUAGCUGUAUUCCAUUUGCUACUCAAUAUAUAUUGUUUCUAAGAAGAUCACGUUUUUUCGCAAAUUAUGAACUGUUCUAUUCUUCAUAUGGAUACUUUGAUGGAAAUGCUCUCGAUUUUUUGUAAAGAAUAUUGCGAAGUAAAUAAGUAAGACCAAGUUUUUGAUGUUUAAGCUGUGAUUAGACUCAUGUUUGCUUCCCUCUUUUAUCCGGUACAUACAAAUAAUUUUAAUAAUUGUAUCUUCAAUAAUUGAAAUACUUAUUAACUUUAAAAUAUACGUACAAUUUAUACGUAUAAGAAUUUUCCUGAUUAACAUGGGCAACUUUUCUUUUAGUACCUAAAAAUACAUCAUAAUUUUAAACAGAGCUAGUUUAGGGAAUAAAGUCUAUGUUAUAAAAAUGUGAUAAAGUAUUCACCAAUAUAUCUAUUACACAUUCCUUUGUUACGUUACCAUUAAGGUAAACAUUUAUUAUAUUUGCUACUUUAGUUCCCUAUUAAUUUUCCUGCAGUCUAAAUACAGCUUAAUAAAGCACCAAAGAGAACGAUUCUCUCUCAUACAUUCAAUAGAGAACCAUAGUUAACCCUUUGAAGCAUUUUAUUUUAAAAUAAUCAAUCAUUUUAUCAGUGUCUAAAAAAAUAAAUGUUUAUAUUGUAUCAUGUACUGAGUAUCUAUGUUGCAAUAUUAUUAGGAAUGUGCGAUAUUCAAUUUGAGCUCGAGUCGUGUCGGUUAAAGUCUGAUGAGUUGUCCGACAUAAACACAAAUUCGACUAGCACGAUUAUUUAUGAAUUUGAAAACUUUAAAAUUCGAGUCAGUUCGAUUUUAUCCGAACAUAAUCGACUUUUCCCUACCCGACCCGACAGCUCAGCUACCCGCCACAUUCGAUUAUCCUCAUAUCUCUAAAUAUUACUAAACUGUAUUUUUCUAUUAUUACAGUAUAUAACGAAUUUGUAUUCGUCGUAACUUUUACAGAAUCGUUCUCUGUGAACAUAGAAUGGGUACUGUACUCUAGACAUCUUUGCUUCAAAGGGUUGAAACGACGAAAAGCACGUUUGGCAGUACAAAUUUAAUACUCGAUAGAAUCCCGCAUUAUAUGCUAGGACGUUUAUGAGCUACAUUGUAAUCAAGAUUAAAAGACAAGUCUGACAAGUGUUCGAUAAACAAAAUGAAAAAAGGAAUCGUACAUGAAUAUUAAAUGAAAUGAAAACAAAAAUUAGGAGAAAAUACAAAAUCGUGCUAAGGUACUUCCUCGGAAGUGAUCUUCGUGCUUUGAACGAAGGCAACUAUCGUAUGCGUGGUCACAGCGUGCGCGUGUGAAUGUAUGUGUGUAUUUGUAACCCGCUCAUGUGUAUUAUAUCGUAAAUAUUGGAUAACUUUAAUUUUUAUAUCGCAUUUAGCGUUAAGACGCGUUCCUCUUUUGUACAUUUGUGAAACGUGUAAAGACAAAGUUUCCGCUAUUGCGAUUAACAUUAUUAUUAGCAUAACUAUUAUUAUUUUUAUUAUUCCGUACUAUACAGUUAACAAUUUUCAUAGAGCAAGUAUUUGUUAACGACGUUCGAUUAAACUUAGCUUACUCGCAGCAAGACGAUGUACUGCCAAAAAGAACCCUUAAAGUGCAUAAAUAUACUGGAGGUUUAUAAACUUUUACAUCGAAAGUAUUUAUCGUCA